CGAGACUUGUACACACACAGCUGUUCCCCGCCUGAGCCCAGAGGACACUUCAGAGGAGUGAACGAUGAGUUUAAAAACAACUUCUACCCGUUACAGACUGCAGAGGACAUGUCCAAUGAGUUUACAGUUUCUGCUCUGGGCAGUCCUGGUGUACAGAUCUGACACAGUGAGCUGCCGCCUGAAGGUCGACGGUUGUGUCGGAGGAGACGUCCUGCUGCCGUGCGUCUACAGCGACUCUCUACCACAGACAUUCUCUGUCUACUGGAGCGACAACGACAACAACAUCGUGCUGGACAUCCACAGCAGUGUCCCCGACCUCUCAAGCCAGCACGUGAAGUUCAGAGGUCGAGUGUGGAGCGACCCGCAGCUGUGCAGGAAGGGGAACUUCUCCAUCGUGAUGAAGAACGUCUUGCAGUCUGACAGCUGUCCGUAUGACUGUUACAUCCCGUCGGUGAACUUCCACCAGAGGGUGGCGCUCUCCGUCUCAGGUACAUGUGGAGCGUCAGGUGGAGGUACUACAGUAACACCACACCCCUUCCUCACGGUUCUGCCUCCUCUUCUUCUGUCUCUGAUGUGGACGGGUUUAAAAUGGACAGAAAGUCUUUUCCCACAUCAUUUCAGGCCACAACAAGACUCUGAGGACAGACACGUGUCACACCUCACGCUCAAGGGUUUAGUUAAAAAAGAGUUCUAUGUACUGUAAGGUCGCGGCUGAAAGCACCAGGAACACCACGCUCUGCCAUUUUAACACCAUUACACACACAGACUGAGUGCCGCAGUCUGGUUCUUCAUUCAUUGGCCACGAGCUGAAUCAGCCUCAGAGGUCCCUCCUCUCUAAAGCAAACUGACCAGCUGAUUUAAACCUGUAAAAAUGCUGAACAGAUGUUUUAAUGUUGUAAAUCGGUGAAAAACCAUUUAAUGAUGCAGUUCAGCUGCUGAUUGGACAGGGAGCUGCUGACAUCACUCGCAGGGCUCUUCAUUUUGUGUUUGAAUGCGUAACGUACGAAGGCUUUGUGGCUUUUUUUAAUAUUUGUUUCACACAUGAAGGAAACGUAGCCUUGAUUGUUCGCCUCGUACAUAUCUAUGCAAACAUGUUUUUAUUAUUUUUGUACUUAAAGUACUUGAACACAGAGAAACUUUUUUAUGACCUGUGAAGCUUGUUUUUUAGUUUUUUUACUUUUUUUGUUGCAGAAAACGUUUAAGUUUACAUACACAUUAUUUAUAGAAGGUUUAAACUUUAAACAUUUAAACGGUCCAGGUGGAUUUCCUGUUUGGGAUAUUUGUAAAUGCAGCUGGGUUCGGGUCUGAAGAGGGUACGUGGUUACGAAUAAUGAAUGAAUGUUGGUUUGUUAUUGCAGCAGCUGACAGGAAGUAAAGAGAUCUUUCACUAAGAUCGAGCUGACCCACUCUUAACAGUGUUCUAAGCGACCAAACGCUCACAGAUCCAGACGCGGCAGGAACAUUGAUAUUAUACUAAGCAAGGAGACGUUAAAACAGUGCGCACCGUAUAUGUUUUGAUCUAUUUCAUACUUCAGAUUUAUAUAGUUUAGCGUUAAUUGGUGACAGAAAAGAACGAAUGUUAUUCUGCAGGGAAACGCGUGUCCUUACUGUGCAUAUUGAAUCUUGAAUCUAUGUUUUAUGGAGACCCUGUGUGUGCUCAGAGUUGUGGCACAAGUUACGCACCGAAAUCUGGCGGAAGAAAAAUAAGUAUGAGGAAUAACACGUGUGUUCUUGUAUGUGUUGUGCACAUCAGGCUGGAAGAGGCAUGUGCGUCAUGCUUGAGGCGCACAUUACACCCACGAGUGUCUCGCUGCAGGUGCAGGUGAUAAUAGAGGGCCGUCGGGUGAGGCCACCCCGCAUGUGGACGCCGGGCCUUGCUGGUGCGGUUUGGCGCACGGGAACAGGCCUUGAGCUUGAGAGUGUGCAGGGGACGUCUUCGUCGGCAGGCUGAUGCUGAGGGGCAGGGAGGUUGGUUGAGCUGCUCUGGCCCCCCUUCCAGAUGACUCAUCCUCACCCGUGUCACUGGGGGACCAGAGGCCCUCGUCCCUCAGGUCAUCUAGCAGGGAAUUAGUGCGUUAGGUAGCAGCGCUUUGUGUGACUUAUGCGCUGAUGAAGUGGUGGGUGAUCGAUGUGCCUGACAUCGAUUGAUUUAGUUUCAGCACCGCGGUAGUGUUCAGCUCCUGUUAAGAGCGAUCCUAAGAAGGGCAUUAAGAAGGCAUCUGGAAAACACUCGUAUCUUAGCGACCCUUCUUACCAAAGACAUUCUUAACUGUGCUGUAAGUCCUAAGAUCACUCUGAACUGGGAAACGCAGCCUUUGACUGUGACAACCAUCCCUGACUGUGACAACCGUCCUUGACAACCGUCCCUGACUGUGACAAUAGUACCUGACUGUAACAACUGUCCCUGACUGUGACAACCGUCCCUGACUGUAACAACCGUCCUUGACAACAGUCCCUGACUGUUUCAGCCAUUGGUCAUGUGACCAUCGGCCUGCUAAGGUCAUAGUACUGUACGGGCUGUAGAGUCCAGUCUAGUCGAAUUAAGGGAAUGUUUUUCUGGAAGUCUGAUGAGUCCAGCAGAAUAAUGGGAAUAAAAAUGGACGUAUGGAAGUUAUGUAUUCAUCCUGUAUUUGUCAUAAGAUUCCAUUAAUUUGCCAGAUAAAUAGCAUGUGAUGAUGUGCCAUAUGGUGAGGCAACUAAAGGGGGUUCCCGCUCUUUCAUUAUUUUCUACCCAAAUAAGUUAAUUAUUAAAAGGUACUGUUUUUAUAUUGAGGAUGUGUUUUUAAUUUAAGGGCAGUUUUUAAUCUGACCAAAUGUGUGUCAUAUUUGCACUAAACAAUGUCUUUGUCCUUUUCAUGUCAGUCUGAAGCUGUUUUGACUUUUGUUUUACUGUAAAACAAUAAGUGUGUGCAUGACGUGCACUGAUUAGCUAUUUAAUUCUGAAAUAAAUAUCUUAAUCUUUAAA